AUGAAUCAAUCAGCCGUAUACACGCCCCUCGAGUCGCUGUUCCUAUUCCAGUCAUUGUUGACUCAAGGCGCCGACCCUGGGGCCUUCGCGCGUAUCUCUGAGCAGCUCAAGGACAACCCACUCAUCAAAGACGGGGCCACCUAUGAUCCCGCACGAUUAAAGCCCGAUGCGCUUCAGCGUCGUUUUCUACAACUAUUUGGGGAGGAGUUGAGGGGCGACUCGGAGAAGGAUACAGCCGACAAUCCAGCAGCAUCACCAAAUACUCAAAAACGAAGACUCGAGAGCCCUCCGCUACCGACAUUCAAAGAUGUGUACGACAAUGCCGAAAAGGUGCACUCGCUCAUCCAGCGCCUUUGGCAGCAAUAUAGCGCUAAGAUCGUUGGUCACAUUCGGGAGGAUGAACAAAAGAUCGACGCGUUGCAGAAGGAUAUCCAUUUCUUAGAGCGAACUGAACGAGAACGGCGUGCUAGAGCCGCAAGUCAGAACGGUACGCCUGUGCUUGCUGCUAGGGAUCAGAAGGCUUCUAUUCCGUCUAAUGGGCCAACGCCACCUGCUGCGACGACGAGUGCGGCGACUCCUUUUCGAAAAGGACCUACACCACAGACACCGGUGCUCCCACCAAAACCUCCAGUUCCUCACAGCAAUCAACCAAGCGUUGCACCGCCCAGCCACUUGCCUACUGGAACGACGCCGAUAAGACCUUCUCCGUCACCAAAUCCACCCAAUGCUAAUGGCUCGGUGCUUCAGCCUCCCCCAGGUGUUCCUCAAACUGGACCACGACCGCUGCAGACAUCACAGCCUCCUAAGCAGACUCUAACACCUCGGCCGGAAGCUGGGGCCAAGCCGAAAGACGGCACUGCAGUUCCUCAAAAUGCGUCGCAAGGAGCUGCUCUUAAGUGGGAGAAGCCUUAUCAACCGCCACAGACUCACACGCCCCCUCCUCGACAACUUCAGUCACCUCUUGCUCAAGGGCCAAUAGCUCCACCCCCGACACAGCAGAAUCCACAACAACAGCAGUAUUCGCAACCCCAUGGACAAUACCCUCAGCAGACACCGCAACAGCAGCAAUGGUAUCCUCAGCCAACUGCUCAGUUCUCCCCGAAGCCUGGAGCUCAGCCGCUUGCUUCCCAUCCCCAAACGCCUCAGCCUGCUCAGGUUCAGCCUCGACCACAACCUGUUGCUCCGCAACCGUCUCAGGUCCAACCUCAGCAACAGGGUCAGCAACGGCCACAAUCUCACAUUCAACCACCUCAGCAACAACCACGCACUCCUCAGACACAGCACACGCAACAGAGUCAAAAAUCACAUACCCCUACGCCAGCACAACUCGCCCAGACCCAGCAGUCUCAGCAAACCCCCCAAGUCCCCAUCCCUCAGCAACCAAUUCCUCCUCAACAACAGCAAUUCAAGCCUCGGCCGACUCCUGUAAAACCAGGACUGGCGCCGCCUCAGCAUGCUGGCCAAAUACCACCACCAUUGCAGCCAGCGCCACCACGAUCGUCGGUAGACUUGAGUGGAGGCCAGACGCUCCAGGCCCGGCCAUCGUCAACCACACCUGUGCCACAUCCUCGUCCUGUUCAGUCAUCCCAAGGCCAAGCCCAGCAUGCUCGACCGAUUGUUUCAGCUUCACCAACUCCCCUUGUAGGAAGCGCAGGUGCGAUAGCACCGCCCCAACAGCGCCGGCCCUCAGGUUACCAGCUCCAACAACCUCAGCACGCGUCGCCAGCAGGCUCAUCUGCUUCCCAGGCCCCAAAAACAGAGAAUAAGAGCCAAUCUUCACAAAAUGCCCCCCAGCAUCCGGUACCUGGUGCUUUGGGACACAUUAUCCGUCAAGUCUUGAGUACUCCGGCGAAGAGGCUUGCGACACCACCUGGACCGCGCACUCCUACUUCGACCUCGGCGCAACUUCUUCUUCAAGGAUUUGGAACGAAAUGGGCACCGCAGUCGACUCCAUCGACCCCUGGCCCUGGCCAUGUGAAUGCUGCUCCUCAAAGUCCGGCUUUCGAGCCGGUCAGCCCACCUUCAAAGAAUGCCACUUUGCCUAGUUCUGCUGCAUCUACGCCUAAACCUAAGAAGCAAGCGCCCAAGGCACUUCCAAAGAUUGAACAGUCGGCGAUUAAACCCCGCCGAGCUGCCUUCCCCAAGGGGAAAGACCGAAGGGUCAGCUCUACUCCUUCAAUCAGUCGGUCAAGGCGAAGCCAGUCUGUCGUAUCUCACACCGAUGAGCAAGCGACCCAGGCUAAUGAAACAGCACCUAGAAUCAAGGAUGAGGAUGCCACACCUCGGCCUACUGAGGAGACUGGUGAUACUACUGCUGACGAAAGCGUCCCUGGUCGGACCCAGAUUAUGACACCCGGGAGUGUCUCUUCGCGGCUCCACAAGCGAAAACGACAAGGCACACCUCCUGACCUACCCCCCGAGACUUCCCAGGUUCUAUGGACUCGAGGAUUUACAAAGGUGUCAUCGUCUGCUCUUGAUCAGAUCUCGAGCCACCGAGACGCCAACAUGUUUGCUACUCGACUUCGGGAGAAGGACGCGCCCAACUAUCGCCAGAUUGUGUUGCAGCCACAGGAUAUAACAUCUAUUCGGUCUGCUAUCAAGCAUGGAAACAAGGCGGCUGUUCAAGCUGCUGCAAACCUACCUGGUGGUGACCCUGGCACUGCGCAUGUGUGGUUGCCUAUGUCUGAAGAGCUCGUCCCGCCCAAAGGUAUCAUAAACAGCGCCCAACUCGAACGUGAACUGGUCCACAUGUUCUGCAACGCCAUCAUGUACAACGCCGACCCUGAUCGUGGUCCCGGACCGGCCUUUAUGAAACGGUCUCAGGAAGAGGAGGAGGAGAUAGUAGGCUACCGCCUCGAUGAGAACGGCGUUGUGAAAAACACUCGCAGCAUGUUCGUAGAGGUUGAGAAGCUACUAGGCGAUUUGCGAAGCGCAGAGAAGGAACGCAGCGCACCACCGCCGUCUGCUCGCCCAGCCAGCGUCGCUACACCCGCCGAAGAAACGGGUGACGAUGAUGAAGAUAAUGGGGAGCGUGAUACUGGAACUGCUAAGAGACGUCGCAUUGGAGGCAGGGGCUAA